ACUGUAGCUUUGCUAAGCAGCCCCGGGUGGCAGGGAUGCCAGGAAGGUGAGAGGAGUUGGAGGUGGUGGGCAGCGUCGCUUUUUCUUGACACCGAUCUCCGUGUGUCGUCAACACGACGGCCGUUGACAAAGUGGUCACGGGGUUGGAGAUGCCGUGUAGAUGCAAGACCAUUUGAGGGACAGACCAGUGCAGUCUGAGCAAGAAAGAAGGGUAGAGAGAGAGCAGCAGCAUGAAGACCUGUGGAAGGACCGCGGUAACAUUCUGGGCAGCAGGGUAUCUCCAACCGCAGCAGCUCGCUCAAGAACUAGCAUGAAGACUGACAUCAAAGGGAAUAUGUGAUUUCCCCAAUUCGGCUACUUGUAGGGCUUUUAAGAGCAAAGGUGUUCUCCUAGCCGCGGUACCGUGCAGGACUAGGCGAAGGGAGGGAACUGCGGUAAACUGUGCAUACCCACACGUCUGUGAUGUCACCUUGAGGCCAACCGUGCAAAAUCCGCGGCCAGUCGUUUGGAUUUUCCAACGUGAGAUGACAUAAUCAGCACAAAGGUGUGUGGCAUUUACAGGUGUUGGCAUUUCCGUUGUCGAGAGAAACGGUCACCAUGAAAAAGUGUUGGUAACAGCAACGGCUUUGCGGUUGUUAUUUUUGGGAUCUCGCAAAUCUUCUGUGUGAACUGUCUGCAUAGUGAACGUGGAAGGCGGGGUGUGGUGGAGAGGAAAAAUGGAAGACCCGGGAAAGAGUGAGCGGGUAUUAAGAGUGGGAGGGGGUAACGGUGGGAAAGAUGAGAAAGCAGAGGAGGUCUGCGCUAACAAGCGCGCGAAAAACGAGCGCAACACGGCAGAGAAGGAGGACCAGGAGAAUGAGGAGUCCGAGGAGAAGGAGAGGGUUCAGAAGGUGAGGGAGGGCUCCCAUGCGGGUUCUCCAUGGAAGGGUGGUUGGGUGAUAAGCGAAAGACUGGCCAUCAACGUGUCGGGCAUGAGGUACGAGACCCAGCUUCGGACCCUGGCCCAGUUUCCGGACUCCUUGCUGGGCGACCCCCGGCGCCGGCUGCGCUACUACGACCCGCUUCGGAACGAGCUGUUCCUGGAUCGUAACCGCGCCUGCUUCGAUGCCAUCCUCUACUUCUACCAGUCGGGCGGCCGCCUGCGCAGGCCCACCAAUGUGCCCCUGGACGUCUUCCUGGAAGAGCUGGAGUUCUACGAGCUGGGCGAGGACGUCCUGGCACGCUUCAAGGACGACGAAGGCUUCCCCAAAGAUGAUGAGCGCCCGCUGCCUGUCAACGAGUGUCAGAAGCGCCUGUGGAUGCUCUUUGAGCACCCCGAGUCAUCCUCUGGGGCACGCAUCAUUGCCAUCAUCAGCGUCAUGGUGAUUGUGGUGUCCAUCAUUAUCUUCUGCCUGGAGACACUGCCGGAGUUCCGCAGCGAGAGAGAGCAGAUGGAGGAGUAUCUGCACCAAGCCCACAGCACUAACUCCUCCGUCAGUGUCCCUGCUACCUCCAGUCUCUUCUAUGACCCCUUCUUUAUAGUAGAAACCAUCUGUAUCUGCUGGUUCUCCUUUGAGCUACUGAUGCGCUUUUCCUGCAGCCCCAGCAAGACUCACUUCUUCAAGGACUUCAUGAAUGUCAUUGACUUCACCGCCAUCCUUCCGUACUUCAUCACGCUGGGCACGGAGCUGGCCAAGUCCAAAGGCGGCACGCCUGCCAUGUCGCUCGCCAUUGUCAGGGUCAUAAGGCUGGUGCGAGUCUUCAGGAUCUUCAAACUGUCCCGCCACUCCAAGGGCCUGCAGAUCCUGGGCCAGACGUUGAGGGCCAGCAUGCGUGAGCUGGGCCUGCUCAUCUUCUUCCUCUUCAUUGGAGUUAUUCUCUUCUCCAGCGCCAUCUACUUUGCUGAGGCCGACAACAAGGAGACAGCCUUUGUCAGCAUUCCUUACGCCUUCUGGUGGGCUGUGGUGACCAUGACAACCGUGGGCUAUGGGGACAUGUACCCGGAAACGGUGUGGGGCAAACUGGUGGGCUCCAUGUGCGCCAUUGCCGGAGUGCUGACCAUCUCACUUCCGGUGCCUGUCAUCGUCUCCAACUUCAGCUACUUCUACCACAGGGAGACCAUGUGCGAUGACAGGAUGGAGUACACGCACGUAAAGACCUCCAUCUGGGAGAAGUACGCUGACGAAGACACGGAGGGAGAGAAGGACUUGCUGGCCCUGGAGGGCAUGUACGUCCCUCUGAACGGCAGCGUACCGGGGGGUCCGUACGCGGGGCGGGAUGCUGGACGCAAAGCAGGGAACGUGCACAUCAGGGAGCCGCUGGUUACACAGGUGUGAAGAUGUAAGAUGAGGGGCUCUGGCUCUCACACUCAGCACGUGAUGCAGCAAACCGGCAGAGAGACACUCGGAAACACUCUUCGAGAGACCGCAUACGCAGCGGUAGCUUCCUUUGUUUUACUCAUUCAUUGACACGGAUUUAUGUAUAGUGAUUUAAUGAAAUUAGUGCUCAUGUACUUGCAUGAGAAAAGGAAAUGUUUAUGGGAAGGAGAUGGGAAUUGCGGUGCCGUCCAUGCUUCUUUAAUGACAUUUACCCUAUAGCCUUAGUUUUCACUGCAUUGCUUACUGUGUGCUUUGACUGUGCAGACAAAGCCCGAACAAGCGGCAGAUUUAAGACGUCAUCUUUAUUUAUUUAUUUUUUUA